AUGGACGUCGUGAGGUAUCUCGAGCUUUUGGAGCAGUUGUUCAAGGGCAUUGUCAAAACCGAUCGAGCCAAGAAAAUCUAUGCGACUCGUUAUAUAGACGACCCUAUUCUGAAAAGACAAUGGGAAGCUAUACCAGAGUAUGCGACUAGUACUUGGAACGAUUUCAAAAGAGCAGUACUCAGGUACUAUCCGGAAGGAGAAGGCCUAAGCCGCGGAAGUCGACCUAGACUUAUGGAUGUCUUUAAACGCCAUCGCGAGAUAUCCCAAGUAAAUGUCGGACGAAUGGCUAGACUCGCCUUAGCUAUCCGACCCGAGGCAGAAGGACUGGAAGCGUUGCAGAAAGAGACAGGACAUGUUCUGGUCACCAACCGAGAGAUAGUCUCCAACAUCCUAGGAUGCUUAAGUCCAAACUUCCGAGACGCCUUACGGUUCAGACUCACUCUAGAAGAGUCUAAACCUGCUACAGAGGCAGCCGGUACGACUAGCAAACGGGAUUGGUAUGGGGAAACGCUCGAAGAUAGGGUACCUUGGGGACGUGUCUUAGAAAUUGCACAAGACUUGACCAGGCAAACUGGAGCUCACAACGCCUACGGCGGAUUUUCUUCUUCAGAGGAUAGAGACUAUGAUCGAAACCUCUAUCGAAAUCCACCGGCAGCCUCGCUGCAGCGGCAGCUGGAAGUCGAACCCACAGACAGGGAUUUCCGUUCGUUUGCAAAAGCCAUGAUCAAAGAACAACAGCAGUUCGUCUUAGAGCAACAACGAGUGAAUGCGAAGUUUGUAGAAUCUCUUCGCGAAACAAAGGAGCAGUUUAUGGCUGAAAGCCGUAAAAACGCAGAAGCGACCGAGGCUUUAGCGGGCAAGCUAGACAUAGUAAUCUCCAAUCCGCAUAACUUAAACUCGGUUAGAGAAACACAGUAUAGGGACGGCGCGUCGAGGAUGCGAUCUAACCAGGGGUCCAGAGACUCUGGGAAGGGAACAUCCGACCAGCAGUGCUUCUAUUGCAAUGGGACAGAUCAUUGGGUCAUGAGGUGCCCGAGUCGAUUAGAUGAUCUUCGUAAAAAGAAGAUCUACACUAAAGGCUCAGAAGUCUACCUCUCUUCCAAUCACCAAAGGAUCUCUGCCUUCUCACCCGAUGGCCGUAGCCAAAAGGAACGAGUUGCGGACAUGACAAUCCAAGGAGCUUACUUGCAAGGCAAAGCCAUGGCUCAAUCUGAGUCUUCAUCCCAUGGAGGCGAAGAUUAUGAGCGCAGCCGCGGUCCCACUUACGGAGACUUUAACACGAUGCAGACGGAAAUCUCUCAGAUCAAGGAUAUCGUGCACACGUAUCUCCUGGAUCGAAAAGACUCUAAGUCUGAAGGCGUUCCUACCAUUGAGGAACGAGACGACGACCUCGACUCGCAACUAGACAAGCUGGGAGACAUGAACAAGAACCUCUCGGUAUUUGCUCAAGACCGAGACAGGUCGGGUUUUCCUUAA